ACACAGCAGAAGCGAGAAGAGAAUUGAAUUGAAGAAAUGAAAGGAACCAAGAAUAAUAAAGUGGUUUCAACUCCCUCCACACGUUUGCUUCAUGCCUUAUCUUUGAGCUCGCUCUCCCUCCCUCCAAACAAAAACCACCCUCCCAACUUCCCCAAAUGCACCUGGUUCUACAUAACACUGCCAUAAACACUGCAAUCUUCUUGUAGUAAUACUAUAUCCAUCACCAUGGCAAGCAAGUUAUUAGCAUUUGCAUUGGCACACCCUCGUGCUCCUACCCCAACACCUCUCAUUCCAAUAUCUUCAACUUCUUCUUCCUCUUCUGCUAAUUUUGGUGCCCACCACCUUGUUCAAGUCAGUGGCCGCCACUUAUGUCUCCGCCGCCGACUCUUGAUGCUCUCCCCCAAGGCCACUGCCGAUCAGCAACAAGGCAAGGUUGAAGAAAAUGAUGGUGUUGAUGAUGAUGGCAAAAUCCUACAAUAUUGUAGCAUAGACAAGAAAAAGAGAUCAGUUGGAGAAAUGGAGCAAGAGUUUCUUCAAGCACUCCAAGCAUUCUAUUAUGAGGGGAAGGCGAUUAUGUCAAAUGAGGAAUUUGAUAAUCUAAAAGAAGAACUCAUGUGGGAAGGGAGCAGUGUUGUCAUGCUAAGUUCUGAUGAACAAAAAUUCUUGGAAGCUUCCAUGGCCUAUGUUUCUGGAAAACCAAUCCUGAGCGACAAGGAGUUUGACCAGUUGAAAUUGAGGCUAAAGAUGGAAGGGAGCGAGAUUGUGGCCGAGGGUCCACGAUGCAGUCUUCGUAGUAGAAAGGUUUACAGUGACCUAUCUGUUGACUACUUAAAGAUGUUUCUGCUCAAUGUCCCAGCAACUGUGGUUGCAUUAGGAUUGUUCUUCUUCCUCGAUGACCUUACUGGUUUCGAGAUCACAUAUCUUCUAGAGCUUCCAGAGCCGUUUAGUUUCAUUUUCACAUGGUUUGCCGCUGUUCCCCUCCUUGUGUGGUUGGCUCAGUCACUUACAAGUGCUAUUAUAAAGGAUUCCUUGAUUCUAAAGGGUCCCUGUCCUAACUGUGGUACUGAAAAUACUUCAUUCUUUGGGACUAUACUUUCUAUUUCAAGUGGCGAUUCCACCAACAAAGUCAAAUGUGAAAACUGUGGUACCGCAUUGGUGUAUGAUUCAACUACAAGAUUGAUUACAUUACCAGAAGGAAGCAGUUCCUAAGUGGAGUACGUGAAGAUAUAUACAAGACACACAAAUGGGUAGUGACUAAUUUUAUCAACUCAGAAAACAGUGGUGAUAAAUCACUAUUGUAAUAUGUGCCACCACUGUCAUACUUGAAAGCUUUAAUUAUAUGAGCUUUGUGUAUCAUAUAUUACCAAGAAUUGUUCAUACA